AUGAGGUAUGAGGCUACAGCUCAGCAACUUCUCCAGAGUUGCCAGGAGGAUAAGAAGUCAGCUAGCCAGGCUCCCUUCUUUGGGCUCUUCCUCAUCAUCUACACAGUCUCAGUGGUGGGCAACCUGGGUGUGAUCAUCCUCACCAAGAUGGACUCCAGGCUUCAAACACCCAUGUACUUCUUCCUCAGACACCUGGCUUUCAUUGAUCUUGGUUAUUCAACUGCUGUGGGACCCAAAAUGUUAGUAAAUUUUGUAGCUAAUCAAAAUACAAUCCCCUAUAACUGGUGUGCUACACAGCUGGCUUUCUUCCUCUUGUUCAUCAUCAGUGAAUUUUUCAUUCUGUCUGCAAUGGCCUAUGACCGCUAUGUGGCCAUCUGUAACCCUCUGCUCUACACGAUUGUUAUAUCACAAAGGGUGUGCUGGGUGCUGGUAGUCAUCCCUUAUGUCUACAGUGCUUUUCUUUCUGUGAUAAUCACCAAAAAGAUUUUUAUGUCAUCCUUCUGUGGCCAUAAUGUCAUUAGACAUUUUUACUGUGAUAGUCUUCCCUUGUUAACUUUGCUGUGCUCAAGCUCACGUGAUAUUGAGUUGAUAAUACUGAUCUUUUCAGCAUUUAAUUUGGUUUCAUCCCUUCUAGUAGUGCUGGUGUCUUACAUCCUAAUCCUUAUGGCCAUCCUUAGGAUGAACUCUGCAGAGGGCAGGCACAAGACCUUCUCCACCUGUGGCUCUCACCUGACAGUGGUCCUUGUAUUAUACACCACUCUAUUCUUCAUGUAUUUGCAGCCUCAAACAAAUCAUUCCUUUGAUACUGAUAAAAUUGUCUCUGUAUUUUACACUUUGAUUAUACCUAUGCUGAAUCCUAUGAUCUACACCUUGAGGAACAAAGAGGUUAAAGAGGAAACAAAACAGAACUUCAAAAAGAUAUGCACAGUCUUUUGUUCAUUGCUACAUUAUUUACAGGACAGCGUCAAUUUAAGAAAGACACCCAUACCACCUUCUUCACCGGUUGUGUUAGGAAUGGAUGCGAGCACAGACAGUCCCCUUCAGAGGGGAGUGGACUACACGUGUCUCUGUGACUAA